AUGUCUGAUUCCCAGGCGCCAGGUGCAGCUGCACCUUCAAAUAAAAAGCCCGAUACGGGCUAUGUUCCCGGGGAUGAUACUUUCACUCAAUUCCGCAAUAUCUACCGAAUCUUGACAGGGAGGAUGACCUCGGAGGGGAUCGAGCAAUUCCGCGUUGCCCGAGACUUGCGCAAUGAAGCUACGGAUUGCAAGCGCUGCGAGGACCAGCGUGACUACCUGCUACAAUACAGCCCUGUCAUUCGAUUCCUCAGCGACAAUAUUCGUCAGCUUGGCGGCGACCUCCACAGCCAUAACAUUUACUGCCGGCGGUGCACGAGUCGCAAGGCUGGUGGAUUCGAUCCCGAAUUUGGAAUCUUGCUAUGUGCCAAUGAGAUGAAAGAUCAGGGUCAUCUGGAGGAUACGAUGGCGCACGAGAUGGUUCAUGCCUAUGACCACUUGCGAUUCAAGGUCAAUUGGACUGACAAUCUGCGACACGCGGCUUGUACAGAGAUUCGAGCGAGUUCUCUGAGUGGAGAGUGCCGCUGGGCACGCGAAUUCUUUCGUCGUGGUCAAUGGAAACUCACCCAGCAACACCAAGAGUGCGUGCGGAGGAGAGCAAUCCUGUCUGUGAGGGCGCGCCCAACCUGCCGGGAUGAGGCUCACGCCGAGCAAGUGGUGAACGAAGUGUGGGACAGCUGUUUCCGAGACACGAGGCCCUUUGAUGAAAUUUACCGAUGA